UCUCACAUUCUGGAGCUCCUCCACCACGGUCUCAUACCGAAAUAACUUGACCCCACUGUCUCAGUCCCCCAGUCUUUUCACCGUUCUCAGUAUGCCUGGAUUCCCAAAGCCCACACAUAUCUAUUACUACUCACGGCCCUGCCUCCUUAUCUGCAUGUGUGCGGACGCCCCGCCCGGCUCCUCUUCCAUUGGUUCUGAGAACUCACCAAUAGGGAUGGCAGAGAGGUGGGCCUAGAACCCAGCGGACUGGCUGACCGGACGCAGGCUUGGCGGCUGCGUGGGUACCGCGUGGGGGAGGGGUUCCAGGCUUCGCCCAUCUGAUCUCUAAACGGCCAGGCCCCGCCUACGAUGGCCAGCCGGGGUGGGGGCCGGGGCCGAGGCCGGGGUCGAGGUCAACUGACCUUCAACAUGGAGGCUGUGGGCAUUGGGAAGGGGGAUGCUCUGCCCCCUCCCACCCUCAAGCCCUCCCCACUCUUCCCUCCCCUGGAAUUCCGUCCAGUGCCACUGCCCUCUGGAGAAGAAGGUGAGUAUGUUCUUGCACUGAAACAGGAGCUACGGGGGGCCAUGAGGCAGCUUCCCUACUUCAUUCGUCCAGCCGCACCUAAGAGAGAUGUGGAGCGUUAUUCAGACAAGUAUCAGAUGUCAGGGCCGAUUGACAGUGCGAUCGAUUGGAACCCUGAUUGGAGGCGUCUUCCCAGAGAGCUCAAGAUACGUGUUCGAAAACUACAGAAGGAACGGACAACCAUCCUGAUCCCCAAGAGGGCCCCUAAGACCCCAGUAGAGAAGGAAGAAACCAUUCAAAAACUGGAGACCUUAGAGAAGAAGGAAGAGGAAGUGACUUCAGAAGAGGAAGAGGAGAAAGAAGAGGAGGAGAAGGAAGAUGAGGAGGAGGAGGAGUAUGAUGAAGAGCAUGAGGAGGAGACAGAUUACAUCAUGUCGUAUUUUGACAAUGGAGAAGACUUUGGGGGUGACAGUGAUGAUAACAUGGAUGAAGCAAUUUACUGAGGAAAAGCAUUGGGUAUCUCCCACUGCCCCAGCCUUCUCAGCUCUAGGGAUUGGGAGACUGUUCUAGCCAUCUGUGGUCAUGGGCACACCAUCCUUCUAAACCCGGCCAGAGACAGGACAUUGCCUCCUUGAGGGGAGGAGCAGGAGGGCCUAGUGGCUACGGAUAGCUCUCUUCCCCCAAUUAUGGUGGCUGGACCUUACCUCUGUUGCUUUGGAGCAGAGGUAAAGGACUGAAUUUUUUUUUAUUAGUUUCUGCCUUGAGGGGAAGAAUCUGUAGAAGUUACAACUGCCCCCCUUUCCCCUGCCUACCUGUUCCCACCCUGUAUAAUUUUCUCUUUUUUGGAGAAAAUUGGGGGUUGGGAAAAAGUAGGGAUGAGGCCAGUUUUAUGGUUUUUAAAUAAAGUUUUUGUUCUCUA